CUCUGAAAUUGAGUUGCAGAAUCUCUUUGUUUGUUCCCAAUCGCGGCGUAUAGCCUUCUCUUCUAAUAAACCGAAACGUUCCACAUUAUUCAUCGCCUUUAUCACCUUAUUAACUCCAUAGCCGACGUGAAACCAUGAUCUGACAUUGAUUGUGAGUUAUCCAUAUGAAAGGCGAUUUAUUCUACACCUAUAAAAAGGUUAGCUUUCUUCACUUGAACAUCAUCUUCUCAGUCUGUGAAAACACUAAUCUAUAUAUUCCCCUGUGAAAUUGGCUAACUCAUCAAUCUUUUUUUCUGAUCUGGCCGACACUCCUCCACCGUCCAAGUGCGGUUUCUCAGAUUCUGGAAAGCCAGAAAUGUCCGUCGCGAAGCGGAACUGAUGUCUCUUGAUAUGCUUUUAUUGGAUUCAAUGGCGACCCUUAUGCAAGCAUCCGUGAACGUGAGCCGGCUAGCAACUUACAUGCCUUAUCUCCAGGCCGGUUCAAUUCAAUUACACUUAACAAAUAUGAUCAUGGAGUGCAGAGUGUGUUCGACUUUGGCCUUAUUAGAGGUCUUCUUUCAAGAUCACGUUUUGGGUUCAUGUUUGUUGCCAUGCAUGCUGUUACUGGUUCUUAUGCGAGACCAAAUUUUGUCGAUUAUCUUCUUGAAAUUUGAAGGCUGGUCAAUGUACCUCCACCUCGAGGUCGCCUCCUUAGAUUUUGGGAAGCGGUGGCAAGCUCAAGGGUAUGGACAAGAUAAGCUGACGCUCAUGCAAGCCACCACGUCUGAAUACUUACAACAUCUUUCCAAAGCGGGUUCAAUGUACUCUGUCACGGGAUUUGAAGUUACUCGGAGCAAUCUUAACUUCAAUUUAUAUUCAGUAUUGAAGUUUUAAAGCACCAACGGGAAAAGGAAACAACAGAGUUUGGAUGGUCUGAUCAAAGAAAUCUAAUUCUUUGGUGAGUUUGUGUGAAUGGUCAAGGCGAAAGAAGAAGUUGUAGCAGGAACCAUGCAUCAUCUGUCCCUGGAGAUCAUUGAGGCUGGGAAGGAGCUUUACGAAGAAAAAUUGUGGGUGAAGCCAUGGUUGAACUUCAACGAGUUGCAGGAACUCAAGCUUGCCGUUGAUGAUGCCCCCACCAUUACACCCUCUGAUCUUGGCUGAAAAAGAUAACAAUGCAUCUGGCUGGAGGGAAGUUUCAAGAGAUGGUUAAGAAGUGCAACAUGUUUCCUGAUCAUGCCGUUUAUUUUUUUUCUCAGUGAACGUUUAUUUUCUUUUUGCCAAGGUUUCACAAAAAAAGGCUUUAUGUAAACCUAAACUUUUCAUCCUAAUGAUAUUUACAGUGUAGCAAAAAAAAAUUAAUCAUCCUCUUUAGAUAUA